UCCUCCUCCUCCUCCCGCUCCCGGCUCUGAAGCUUUUGUUUUCCCCAGCUGCUGCGAUGGCAGGAAACUUCCCGGAGGGAUGGGUUCAGGCCGCGCUUGUGCUGCGCCGGGCUCCGCAGGGCACCGGCCGCGCCGUGAGGUUAUUUGGGAAGGGAAUACUUUGUUGAGCACAACAGCACAAGAUGACUUAUGAUUCCUGCUCUUCGUGGGAGCCUGUCUGGAUUGUCCCUGCAGAAUGCUACAGCUUCCUUUCCUCUUCAGUGUUCUUGUCUUGUGGAGUCAUAAACCUCAGUGGAACUUUGGAUGGAAAUACUGACAUGAACUUAAGAACUUUGAUGCUUUCAGACACUGAACUUUGAUUGUUAAACGAUCAGUUAAAAAUACUGCCUGAACAAGAUGAAAUGCCUUGAAGACUUUUGUUUCUGCUUUCAUUUCUCCUGAAGCAAUGGUUUUCUCAGCAAUGUUGACACUGGCCCACUCUGGGACCUCAAAUGCUACUUUUAUUGUCUAUGAAAAUGCCUAUACGAAUUUUACCACUCCCCAGUUCUUGCUUCAUAGUGGCACAACACAGCCAUUGAGAUAUAGUUCAGGUGUUGUGCUCACCACUGAGAGAAGUACUUUUCUGGUAAACACUACAGCUAUCCUGCCAUCGCAAGAAGUUUUCAGGAGCUUAAGUUUGCCACUCCAGAUCAUUCUUUCUGCUGCUAUGAUAUUUAUCCUAUUGGUUUCUUUCCUUGGAAACUUUGUUGUCUGCCUCAUGGUCUACCAGAAGGCAGCUAUGCGAUCUGCAAUUAACAUCCUCUUAGCAAGCCUGGCUUUUGCAGACCUGCUGCUGGCAGUGCUGAAUAUGCCAUUUGCUCUUGUAACAAUCAUUACCACUCAGUGGAUUUUUGGGGAUAUAUUUUGCAGAGUUUCUGCCAUGUUCUUUUGGCUUUUUGUCAUAGAGGGGGUAGCCAUUCUUCUCAUUAUUAGCAUUGACCGAUUUCUUAUCAUAGUUCAGAGGCAAGAUAAACUGAACCCUUACCGUGCAAAGAUUCUCAUUGUGAUUUCCUGGGCGGCAUCCUUUGUUGUUGCUUUUCCGUUAUCAGUAGGGAAUCCUAACCUGCAGAUACCCUCGAGAGCACCUCAGUGUGUUUUUGGCUACUCUACGAGCCCAGGUUACCGAGCCUAUGUGAUAGUUAUCUUGCUAAUUUCUUUUUUUAUUCCCUUCCUGGUAAUGCUGUAUUCUUUUAUGGGCAUACUCAACACCGUCCGCCACAAUGCAGUUCGUAUCCAUAGCCACCCUGAUAGCAUAUGUCUCAGCCAGGCCAGCAAACUUGGUCUCAUGAGCUUACAGAGACCUUUUCAGAUGAAUAUUGAUAUGAGCUUUAAAACUCGUGCCUUCACAACCAUCUUGAUUUUAUUCCUUGUCUUCAUAGUCUGUUGGGCACCAUUCACCACUUACAGCCUUAUUGCCACGUUCAACAGCCACUUCUACUACAAGCACAACUUUUUUGAGAUAAGCACUUGGCUCCUUUGGCUCUGCUACCUCAAGUCUGCACUGAACCCACUGAUUUACUACUGGAGGAUUAAGAAGUUUCAUGACGCAUGCUUAGACUUGAUGCCCAAAUUCUUCAAGUUUCUGCCACAGCUACCUGGCCAUACGAGGCGGCGCAUUCGACCCAGUGCCAUCUAUGUGUGUGGGGAGCACCGGUCGGUGGUUUGAAACUGUGGCUCCUUGACAAUGAUUGUUGUAUUUUGGGAUUGUUUUCCGGCUUUAGGUCGAAUUUUGUUUUGUUUCAUAUGGCUUUUUCAGUAUGGCCAUAACUUGAUUUAGUUUUCCACUACUCUGUGCAAUUUUGGGAAGAUAGAGGGAGGGAAAGUGAUUGGUUAUAGUUGGGUUUACUACCAGAAUACAAUGUAAACAAAAUAACAAAUGUUACCUCUGGGAUUCCAUGGAAAUCCAUUCUUUUAAAUGAAAACUACAUUUGUAACAUUUUGUCAGGUUUAUGCUUACUAGGCCUGCAAUCUAAUUGUAGGGACUUUUUAUGCUGCUAAGAUAUGGUGUAUUUAGUUGGUGUAAUUUUUCUGAAAAAUGUUGCUGCUGUCUGCCGAUAUAAUAGAUCCAAAAAGUCUCAUUAGAUUACUUCUAUUUAAUUUAACAAUAUUUCAGAAGUUUUCAUUAUAACAUUAGAAAACUUUUUUUUAAUAUUUCCAUUAAUAUUUUUGUGCACUUUACAAAAUUUACUAUAUAAUUUGUUCAUUGGAAUAUUUUAUUCUGUAUUGAAGGUGUAUUAUUAUUGCUGUUAUAAUUUGUUAUGUUGGUGAAUUUCAAUGAAAGACCCAUGUAAGUUGUAGGAGGGCAAUUUAUGUUGGUAUAGCUACAUGUACAGUCAUAAAUCUGCUGGUUUUUUAACAAUUGGUCAAAAGUAACUAACUGCUCAGUUAUCAGAGGAGUUAGAAGGAGAAAACGGAGGAAUGGAAGGGAAAGAGAGCAACAAAAAUUCCAUGACCCGAGGUUUAGGGUAACACAAGAUUUAAUAAAAUAGUGUUCAUGUGAAAAUUAUUAUGAGGUAAAGGGUGACUGUAGUUAUUACUUGAGGCUGUUAGAAGCUACUCAAACCUGAUGAUAUGCCUGAAAACCUGUCUGAAAUAGUGAUUUUUGGGCCUGCAAUUUAUACUGUGUUUUCGUAGCGAUGUUUCUGCUCAGAGCUCAUAUAAGGCUGGGUAUGCUCUACACUAUUGAAAUAAUGCUGUCAGGCAUUUGUUGGGAUAGAAUUAGAAAUAAUAGGGUAAACCAGAAAAGAGAUGGCAAAUAACCCAUAGCUGAGGUUAGGAUUUAGUCUACGUAGUAAUUACAGGGGAAGAAAAAAUCCUCAACUUGCUUGUUUUACAAUUUAGGUAUUGGACCAAAACCAUAAACAGACAAUCACAGAAUCAUAGAAUGGCUUGAUUUUGAAGGGAUCAUAAAGAUCAUCUAGCUCCAACUCCACUGCCACGAGUACAGACGCCUUCCACUAAUCAGCUUGCUCAAAACCCCAUCCUUCCUGGCCUUGAACACUUCCAGGGAUGGAGCAUCCACAGCUUCUUUGGGCAACCUGUUCCAGUGCCUCACCUCCCUCGCAGGGAAGAAGUUAUUCCUGUAUCUUAUCUAAAUCUACCCUCUUUCAGCCAUUACCCCUUAUAACAGUCAGCCAGCAGAAUUUGCUGGGGAUGUAAGUUAAAUUCCCCUUUUCCCUCUGAUACUACUUUGCAUUGAUUUUUUUUUCAUUGCCUCUUUGUCUCUGUAGUGGCUGCUGCCUCAAGGGUUUAUUCUGCUGUUCUCAUCUAUUAGGCAUCAGCUUCUCUCCCUGAAAUGCCAAACUACCUUUCUGAUUAAUGUCAGGCUGUCUUGAUACCUGCCUGGAAAGCGGAAUGGCAAAGAUUUUCCUUAAUGAUGGCAAACCAGACUCAGAUUAUUUUUUUUUCAAUCAGCUAAAUAAAUAUUGUGAGAUAAGUAAAAUUAAGAUUUAGGUUUGGGCUUUGAAGCUCAGAGGUUUUUGCUCUGAGGCUGGGGAAAAAUGCCUGUAAAAUCUGUGUGUCCUUGCAGUGAGCUUUUUGAGCCCAUGACUGAGAACAGGGGCAUUGAUGUACAACAAACCUAACAACAAGAGCUAGAAUUUGGGCUUCUCUUGCUUCCAUCUCUCUUUCUACUUCUGUCUAUCUACCCAGUACAUGUUUGCAUGAAGAAAAUGCCUUGUUCUGUGUGGAUGUCCAGGGACUGCUUGCUUCCUGAGGAUAACAAAACAUUCACACCCCAAUGUGAAUUCUUCUUCAAUGAAGAACUAAUUUAAGUUAUCUCUGUUCUUCUCAUUGACAGCUAUUGGUAAAAGUGUUGGCAGUAUUUAAAUUUUAGGAGUAUAAAAGGAUUAAUUUUGAAUUUAGUAAGCUGCUAGCUGGGGUUGUGAGGUUGUGGGUUACAUGUAAAGUUACAUGUUGCCCAGCAGUGGCGAGGUUAUUGAUGUCCGUGCUUUCCUUUCCUUGUCAACUUCACUGAUGAUGGUAUGGAUUUUUCUGAUUGAAAUGACAGACAGUAAAAGACUUCCACUAUGAAAGAGAGUGUUUUAGUGUGUCUUUGCAGUAAAGCUUUUAUUUUUCAAUUACAUUUACAUUGAUAGCAGAGGUUUAUGACCUGGUUAGUAUGGAUUUUCCAUUUCAGAGCUGUCAUGCCUGUUUAUCUCUGAAAGCAGCAAAACUGUGCUUAAAGUAAUAGAGAGUAUACACUGUCUAAAUGGCAGGAACAGGUAUUUUUGCUGUCUUCCAGCACUACAAUGUAAGAGUUUUGAAUGAGUGUUGUAAAACAUAAUAAUUCAAGAAGAGAAGAAGAUGAGUAAUACAGGAAAGUUAGUGAAAUUACUUUCUUGAAGGAGGAGGGGAAAACAUUUUGUGGGGAUUUCUCAAUUUGCGAUAAGUACUGGCUGUGAAGUGGAAAUUGCAAACAUCAAAGACAGUUAAUUUGUUUUGAUAAUUAAGUGUUUGCUUACACUGACUGUAACAAGGUUUCUUCUCAGAGCUGCAUCUGCUGAUCCUUAGAGAAAAGAAACCCAAAUUGCUGGCCGUAUUCAGGGGUAAUUUACACAGUGAUACAGUAUUCACACUAGGUUUUCUGAGGUGAUCAGAGCAGUGAACAAAAGGGUGUUCAAGAAUCAAGGCGGUUUAGAAGUAUCCCCAGGGUAAUUAUGUGUUUACAGGUCUGUUUGAGCUAUUGUGUCUAAUAUACAUCUGUAGAGCAGUGCCUUGAUAAUUGCAGCUGAAGUCCUAGAACCAAGUUGAAGACCUCUAAACUGCUCAGUUUUGCUGCCUGUGAUCCUGCCAAGGAUCCUGCAUAACCAUGCUAACAUUUGUAAUGUCAAAACAUAAACAUGUUGGCAGAAUUUGGGCUAUUGAGGCAUUUUAGUGGGCUUGACCAAGACCAAGGAUUUUAAAAACUCAAAUAGAUCCUUGUUGACUCUAUGUGGGAAUUAUAAUUUUCUUCCUCUCCAGAAAUGAGUCAUUGCUAAUCUGUAUUCCCUCAUGUUACGUUUUCAGACAUCUUUAGUAUGGAGGAUUUAAAUGAAUGUAUUUUGAAUUAUGUUGCAGUUUAAUUCAUUCUGUCAAAGCAUGCUGCUUACAGAGUUCUCAAUUGUAUAACUCUAUUGAUGAAAUGAUUCUUUUGUACUCAAAGUUGUGUAUUUUUGUCAUUUCGUGUUAUUCGUGUAAAAUAUUUCUGUAUAUAGAGAAGAAAAUUGUUUUGCCUCUUAUUGCUUUCUGUUACUAUUUUUUUUCACUUGUAUGCUUAAUGCUUUCAUAUUUUAUUUCAAGCAUAUGCAUAAAAAACUGUAAGAUUUCAAUGAUUUUUCUGCGACCUUUUGAGAUUUCUAAUUCUCAAAUCAUUCAACAAUGCCCUCCUUGAAAGAGAUUUUAAUUUAUUUUUGUGUGAAAACUAAAAAUUCAGAGCACAAGUUUGUUGUGGUUAGAAUGGUGAGGAAUAUCUUAAGUCCAAUUUUCCAGGAGCCAGUAUGAACUGGCUUGAUCUUUUUGGGUUUUUUUGAGAAGUAGUCCUUUUCUGAUGUAGAGAAACCUUGAAUUACUGUUUUAAAACAAAUGACAUUGUCUUUUCUGUGCAUAUUACACCUGUGAAAACACUUGAGAAAAUAAACAAAAAAAAGAGAGAAAAUAAACAUUCUCCAAAAAGGUAGCAAAAAUCUUCAGAAUUGACUCUAUGUUUGUACAUUCACAGGUUUCUUGGAUUUAAUGCCCAACUUCAUAGUCUCAAACAAUUUAUUUUAUCUGUAUAUUAAAUAACAAAGAUUGCCUGAUUUAAGUGGUUUUGUUUAAGCCAAAAUGUUUCUCAUGUAAAGCAUUUAGAGUGGUCUUUUCUAAGGCACGGGGGUAGAGACAUGUCAAAACAAUUGAAAAUAGUACCUAAACCAACUGAAAUAGUAUCCAGCAAGAGAGAGAAUACCUAAAAAGAAUAUAAUUUUCCUAAAAUACUACCUGAACUGGGUGUACUACCUUUUAGUUUGGACUGAGUAAUUAAGAUCAUCUUAUUCUACAAUAAAUAAACCAGGCAGCGGUACUGCAUGGCAUGAUUCAUAUCAACACAAGAUAAUGACCUUUAUGAUUCAAGUGCUGCAUGUUUGUAUGUGACAGAUUAUUCUCCAUAUUAGUAGAGUGAAAAAUGUUCAGGCUCUUGGCUGUUUUGGGGAAAUCUUUCAGCUUGCUAAUGAUUUAACAGAAAUUCUGCUGGAGCAAUUUCUCUAAAUGCUAAAGUCAAAGACAUGUCACUAAAGAAUUCCUGAGAGGGAGUGGGUAUUUCUGGUUGCUUGGAAAUGGCCUUUCUCAGCUGCCCACAUGCCUGAUGGUGAGAACUGUACCUCUGCAACAACCACUUUUUUCUCUCUUGUCCUCUUCUGGUCCCCCCGACCUCCCUGAGGUAGCGCCUUCUGCACUGCUGUGUUGCAACAGGUACAGUGGCGGCAGGAGGAGGUGGAGGUGCCUGGAGAAGCUGUGCAGCCAGCAAACCUCUCACCUCUUCACUCUCUCCUGCCUUGAGUUCAGGUUGGACUGAACAGGAGCACAUAUAUUUGCCUCUAGUGCAAAUAUAUGUGCAAUAUAUAGCAAUCCUGCCAGUGCAGGAUUCUUGUUUUAUCCCCAGUAGUGUUACAGGUUUUAUUCCACACUCAUCUUUUGGAGCCCAAGCUACAUCUCUCUAUAGCCAAUUCAUGACUGAAUAAGAAUCCCUUAGCUGACUUGUUUCUCUGUCUCUGUGGCUCUGGGCACAGGAUCUGCUAGUGACCCUCCACCAUAACAAAAGGUCCUAUAGCUUGCUCUCAAAGAAAAAUGGCAUUCAUGGAGACAACCACAACUCUGCUCAGAUAUGAGGGGGAAAACAGCCUUAAGUCAGUGACUGCACUGUCGGGUGGACGAAAAUGUGAGUUGUAAUGGGACUUCCUAAGUGCCCCUUACAGAGAGAGUUUUUAAAAUUUAUUUAUGGAUAUUUAUGCACAAACUGUUGGGUUGUGUUCUACCUACAGUGAAUGCAGCUUGAUACCGAAUCACUAACAGUACUGCUAAUAAGUAACAUAGUAUUCAUAAAUACCAAAGAAGAGCAUGUUCCUAGUUUAUAUUAUUAUCCUGUCUAGAUAACCAUCUUUGCUGGUGUGUGGGCACAGAACACAGCAAUAAUGAGACAUACUCCUUGUAUAAUUGGUGCUCUGCCUUAAAUAGAUUACUGCAAUCCAAAUCUCUGUGGUAGACCUGAAAUAAAAUUAAGCCUGUUCACCAACAUGAGUAGGAAUUUCACCAACACUGCCCUGUCUGUUGAAGGAGAAGGUCUAGUGAAAUAAAUAACAAUUCCUUCAAAAGUCAGUUUGUCUGAUCUCCAAAGGGGAUGUAAUCACAGCUGAUAUAAGUUUAACAAUAGCUUCUUUUGAUUUACUGGGUCUGGGCUCUGUGUCAAAGACAGAGGGGAGAGUUUGGUGGCUGAGGAUACUGCCUGAACACCCAGGAUGGCAAGAGGGAGCCACUGGAGCUUACGUGAAAAUCUCAGGGCUGUAGUUUAAGCCCCGCUGUUCUUUGGGGUGUCAGUGCUGCCUUUUCCUGUAAAAGUAAUUCCUUUUAAAGGAAGAGAGAUGAAAUGACAUCUCUUCUAUCAUCUGCUUCUUAAUUGACACUUUAACUAUGAGAAUAGUAAUUCUGGAUUUGAUUCCCUAGACUUGGAUUUUCUUCCCUUCCUCACUGGAGAAGAUUUGAAGCUGUGUGCUGUUUGAGCCUGUGUGCUGUUCCAGAGGAGAUGGGAAGAAGGUGAGAGGCUGUGCACCAGCCACCAUUUGAUGCAAGGUGGUGUAGAGUUUUGCAGUUAGGCUGUCAGGAGAGCAGCAGGGGAAGCCAGGUUCUCCCCUGCUUACAUGCAGUAACUACCCCACACACCCAUGUCUCACUUCUGCUGAAUAUUUGAUUAUUCUGUUGAAGGCGAAACAGCUUUUACAGGGUGGGAGAGGGUCCUCUUUCUGUUCUUACCUCAGAUUAGGUAACAAUCCACUGAUUAAAGCAUUGAGGAGAGACUGUUUAAAAUCCUCUGGGAUCCUGAGAACAACUGAAAUCAUAUCUCCUUCCUAAAUAUUUUCACUACUGAGUUAUGAGGUUAGGGGAGUGGUCUACCAGGACUUUUGGGUUCAUUUAUGGGGUUUUUUGCAGCCUUAGCUAUUGACUGAGCUCUGAAAAUGCUUAUGGCUGGACCUUCUCAUGUGGCAUAGAUAAUGUAAAGCCUGUUUUGUAAAUUCUAGUUUGAGAUGGGCAUGGCACUGUUCAUUGCCAUCAGUGCUGCAACACUUCUGCAUAUAUGCAGAAGGAGACAUCCAUGAUGAGAUACAUCUGUGGAUAUUUCAUCUAUCUAUAGCAUAGACAGCUCCACCGAUCACUUGAGGCUCCUUUGCAGUCAGUGGAGAUGAGUGGAUGUUUUCAGGUUUUUAGGAGCUCUUCUGGCAGGUUACCUUCCGAAAGGAGUGAGAGAAAUAGCCCAAAAAAGCCCUAGACACUUUUUUUGAUUUCUGAUGAUAACUGUGCUGGACAGAAGAUUGUCCAUCUUAAAACUUGAUUCACUUCCUUCAGUGCUUCUUUGUAGAUGAGGUGUGAAAUUCCUGCACUUUUAACCAUGGUGUGGAUUUUCUCCUGCAAAAUUAUGUUGGGCUCAGUUUGGUCUCCAAAUUGUCUGAAGGAAUUAGAGCACUUUGCCUCUAUGUGAGAAAACUUACACUGAGAUUUGGCAUUGUUAAACUAGAAUGUAUUGCCUUUGUACCUUUAAUUACUUGGUCUUUGAUUUUUCAUGUUCCAGUGUAGAAAAGACUUUAUAGAGUCUGUUCUAAAAUCACCCAGCCUUCUAGCAUGAUUUUUAAGUUCUGGUAAUUAUUCCAUUUCUGUUAUGUCAAAUUUAGAAAUGCAGAAGGCAUCAAGGCUGAGCUGCUCUCCUAUCUGUUUUGUUAGACUAGAUAGAGGGAGCAAUGCAAAAUUUAUAAGACUAAAUUUAAAGUAAGAAGGAAGCCUAGGAACAUGCUUGAGGGGGCCUGACUUUGCUACCUACUAAUUUGGGCAAGUCAGAAUGCUUGAAGACAGCCCAAACUGCCCAGCUGAUUUCAGUUUUUCUUCAGGGAUUACCUGAUGUGAAAUGCAGUCGCAAUCUUAUAAAUGUAGGUGGAAGCUGAGGCUUUAUGUGUCCUGGUCUCCAGACACCAGUAUCUCAUUCAUUCCUGUGCCAUGCAUUCUGCCUCCACAAAGCUUUUACUGCUUCUUGCAAUAAAAGUGCUGUGCCUCCUAGGUAAGUGGUGGGAGAGGCAAUCAGACCUCCCUUUGCCUCCUUAGCAGCACAUGCUAGCCAUUAUGCUGAGAGAACAGUCCUUCUCCGUGUGACUGUGUUUUAAAGGAGAUGAGUUCUUUGUAGUUGGAUCCUUGCCUUUCUCCACAUGAAAUGGAAAUGUAGGAUUUCAGGUAGGUGCAGUGGGGGAUGGAAGCCAGAACUUUAGCAGGAAGGUCUCAGUCCUGUUAAGCAUUUCUACUGAGCAGCUGCUUUUCUGUUGCCUGGAUGACCUGAGACAGCCCACAGCAGUGGCUGGCUUUCUUCACUCACAGGGCAGCAGAUGCAGGUCUUUGCCUCUGACCCUCCCAAUAGGAAUCUACAGCAAUUCUGGUGCCCCUCUGGUCCUUAUCGCCUCCUCUUUAUCACACAACAGGAGUACUUUUAACUAAAGCAGGUCUUCAAGGAAAAAUAAAAUUUCUAAAAGCAUUUUAUAUUUGAGAUAAUUUUUUUAAGAGGUGCUUUUGUUAGCACAGUAAUUAAUUCAUGUGUUUUGUAUUACACAGGAGGCCAGACUAUAUGACUGCGGUAAUUUUUUCUGGCUUUAUUCUGUUUGAGAGGCUGAUUCCACUUACAUAAAACUUCACUUCAUUAGUGCCACUGUCAAGGUGAGCCUAACUAUUGAUAGAAACAAUCUCAAACAUAAUUUAAGGGGCACAAAGAAAUGGCCCUUUCAAGAAGGCCAUUCAUCUUGGGUCAACAUUGGAGGCACUUGAUUCUGGAAAGCUUGCUUUUCUAAUAAACUUUCUCAGAGGAAUUCAUUAUCUGAAAACCUGUGACUAAUGAAAGAUGUUUUGUUCUUUUGAAGUUCAAGCUAAUUUCCAUGAAGGUUACUAUUACUAAGCAACAGAUUCUGCAGAGUGUCUCCUGAGGGGCUGAAACUGCAGUAUGGUCAAAAAGUAAAACAAAACACAGUGCAAAGAAUGAUGAAAUAUUAUCCCCAGACACAGGGGCCACAAAUCUUACCAUGUCCAGGGCCUGUUUUGGAGUCUCCUUCCUCGAAAGCUGUUGUUCGACCAAUGGGAAAACUCCCUUGGGAGCAAAAGAUCAGCAUGAACCAUCUACAGUGAAAGUAAAGCAAGAUUCAGCCUCUACUCAAACAUAGAGAUAGAGCAGAGCAUGGCCAAGGGGGGAAAAAAACAGUCCCAAAUAUGUUUCAGCAUACACAAUUCUUCUGAGAAAAGCAAUCACCUGAAAUAUAUCUUAGCCAUAUUAAAAGAGGAAUAGUUAUUCCAGUUGUGAGGAGAGAGUGAAAUGAAAUACAGGAGUGCUUUCUUGAGUAAGAAAAGAUGGUGUCACCUUCUAUGCAGCUUUGUGUUGGAGUAGAAAUAAAUAUUUGUGCUUUGCUUAAGUAAAAUCCUCAUCUGUAUAUUCAGCUUUUUGAGGACAGAGAUUUAAUUCUGUCUUCUUACUUUGCCUUUAUCCACCAGCUUUGCUAAAUGCAAGAUACAAAUGAUAGAGGAUAAAGAGGGAAAAAACAAAACCCCACAAGUACUUCCAAUAAUCUUUUAAGUGUUUGAGUAAGCUCCUUUGGUCUUGUCCAUUCUUUUUUGUGUUUGGUUUGGGUAACUGUUUGAGUGGUGUUGUUUUCUAGCAUAGAAUUUGCAUGACAUGAGUUUCAAUAUUUUUUCAAUGGAUUUCAUAAACUUUACAAUAAUAAAAAUAUCAGUAUUAUAUCAA